GGAAGGGUCACAGCCAUGUUUUAAAUAUGGCUCUGGAAAGAGAUCAUUCAUAAGCCCUAGUGCUAUAGUUGAACGGCGCCCCAACCGCCCGCUAAAAACUUGAGCCGCUCUAUUCUCUCAACCUAACGAAACCAUGCCGGACAAAAGCUAAGAAAGAGACGCACGAGGUUUGCUAUUGUGCCUGCUUUCUUUUUAGCAGGCAAGAAGCUGAUUUGUAAUGAUGGCAACUUUUGCGAAGCCAGAGAAUGCUCUGAAGCGUGCUGAAGAACUGAUCAAUGUUGGUCAAAAGCAAGCUGCAUUGCAAGCACUUCAUGACCUGAUUACUUCAAAGAGGUACAGGGCAUGGCAGAAGACCCUGGAAAGGAUCAUGUUCAAGUAUGUAGAACUGUGUGUGGACAUGCGAAGGGGCAGGUUUGCCAAGGAUGGCCUGAUUCAAUAUCGCAUUGUAUGCCAACAAGUAAAUGUGAACUCUUUGGAGGAAGUCAUAAAGCAUUUUAUGCAGCUGUCGACUGAGAGAGCAGAGCAGGCUCGAAGCCAGGCACAGGCCUUGGAAGAUGCUUUAGAUGUCGAUGAUUUGGAAGCAGACAAAAGACCAGAAGACUUGAUGCUAAGUUAUGUAAGUGGUGAGAAAGGUCGAGAUAGAUCUGACCGAGAGCUUGUAACUCCAUGGUUCAAAUUUUUAUGGGAGACGUAUCGAACUGUUCUUGAAAUUUUACGUAACAACUCAAAAUUAGAAGCUUUAUAUGCGAUGACGGCACACCGGGCCUUCCAGUUCUGCAAGCAAUACAAACGGACGACGGAAUUUCGUAGGCUCUGUGAAAUUAUCCGAAACCACUUGGCUAAUCUUAACAAAUACAGAGACCAAAGGGAUAGACCUGACUUGUCAUUGCCAGAAAGUUUGCAGCUGUACUUAGAUACCAGAUUUGAGCAGCUUAAGAUUGCAACAGAGCUUGAACUCUGGCAGGAGGCUUUUCGUUCUGUUGAAGAUGUUCAUGGGUUGAUGUGCAUGGUUAAGAAAACCCCCAAACCCUCCUUGAUGGUUAUUUAUUAUGCUAAGUUAACAGAGAUAUUCUGGGUUUCUGAUAGUCACUUAUAUCAUGCCUAUGCCUGGUUCAAGCUUUUUACCCUUCAAAAAAGCUACAAUAAGAAUUUAAGCCAGAAGGAUUUGCAAUUGAUAGCAUCAUCUGUUUUAUUGGCUGCCCUUUCUGUGACACCAUACGAUCACAAGCAUGGUGCAUCCCAUUUGGAGCUUGAAAAUGAGAAAGAGCGGAAUUUAAGGAUGGCUAGUCUUAUAGGAUUUAGUCUUGACCCCAAACGAGACAGUAGAGAAGUGCUUUCACGACCAUCACUCCUCUCAGAAUUGGCCUCCAAAGGUGUAUUGACAUGUGUCUCGCAAGAAGUAAAAGACCUAUUCCAUCUUUUAGAACACGAAUUCCUCCCAUUAGAUCUUGCAUCGAAAGUUCAGCCAUUGUUGGCCAAGAUCUCUAAGCUUGGUGGCAAGCUUUCUUCUAUUUCUGUUCCUGAAGUGCAACUAUCACAGUAUGUUCCUGCUCUGGAGAAGCUUGCUACCUUGAGAGUGCUACAGCAGGUUUCACAGGUUUAUCAAACCAUGAAAAUCAAGGUGAUAUCAAGGAUGAUUCCCUUUUUUGAUUUCUCAGUUGUGGAGAAAAUUUCAGUGGAUGCGGUUAAAUAUAAUUUUGUUUCUAUGAAAGUUGACCACUUGAAGGGCGCUGUUCUCUUUGGUAGUAUGGAUCUAGAAUCCGACAGGCUCAGGGAUCAUCUGACCAUUUUUGCAGAAUCUUUGAAUAAAGCCAGAAACAUGAUUUAUCCUCCAGUGCAAGCUCGGCUUGGAACCGAUACCUUGGCUGUCUUAGCAGACACUGUUGAUAGGGAACACAAGAGACUUCUUGCCCGGAAGUCAAUCAUUGAGAGACGCAAGGAAGAACAAGAACGACAGAUGCUGGAAAUGGAACGCGAAGAAGAGACAAAGAGAUUAAAACUACAAAAAAUUACUGAGGAGGCAGAACGAAAGAGACUGGCUUCUGAGUAUACCAGAAGGGAAGAGCAGAGGAUACGCAGAGAGAUAGAGGAGAGGGAACUUGAAGAGGCCCAAGCUCUACUUCAGGAAGCCGAGAAGGGUCGUAAGAAGAAGGGAAAGAAGCCAGUCAUUGAGGGGGAAAAAGUGACGAAGCAGACCUUGAUUGAGUUGGCAUUGAGUGAACAACUCAGAGAGCGCCAGGAAAUGGAAAAGAAAUUGCAAAAACUAGCCAAAACAAUGGAUUAUAUGGAAAGAGCCAAAAGAGAAGAGGAGGCAUCUUUGAUUGCAGCCGCAUUUCAACAACGUCUGGUGGAAGAAAAGAUACUCCAUGAACGUGAACAGCUGCAAGAAAUUGAGCUCAGCAGGCAACAUCAUGCAGGCGACCUUCAAGAGAAAAAUAGGCUGGCCCGGAUGUUGGACAACAAGUAUAUAUUGCAGAAUAGAAUCACCAGCCGACGAGAAGCAGAAUAUAACAGACUGAAGAAAGAGGGGGAGGACAGGAUCAGGCAGCUUACAGUUAUGCGGAGGCAGGAAAGGGAGAAGAAAAGGAAGCUGCUUCUCUUCAUAAAAUCAGAGGAGGAGCGGCUGACCAAGCUGCGUGAAGAGGAGGAAACCCAAAAGCGUGAAGAGGCUGAAAGGCGCAAGAAAGAAGAUGCCGAGCGGAAAGCGAAGCUGGAUGAAAUUGCUGAGAGGCAGAGGCAGAGGGAGAAGGAAUUGGAAGAGAAGGAGAGAUUGAGGAGAGAAGCUCUAUUAGGAAGGCCCUCGGAACUGCUCAUGCGGCCGACCGAGCAGGCCAAUGGACCCCAUCCAUCAGAGCCUGUCGCUGCUAAAGCAUCAGCAGCAACGCCCUCAACUGGAAAAUAUGUGCCCAGGUUCCGGCGGGAAAAGACUGAAAGCUCUGGUGCAGCCCCACCUUCAGAACCCGACCGUUGGAGUAGGCAUGAUGACCGCUCGGCUCAAUCUGGUGACAGGUGGCGUGGUGAUGAACACAGGACGGCGUUUUCUGGUGGCAGUGGUCCGAGAUCCUCAUCGUCCACAUGGGGUUCAUCUAGGAAUCCUCCACGUGGAUCUGAACGCUGAGGUCAGUCUGUUGAAUCCGAUAUUUACAUCCAGAGUGUUAAAAGAGAGGCAAGCGUUAUGGGGAAGUAAAAAAUUUUUGAAGAAUUUUGUGGUCUUUUUGUGCGCAUGUGUGCGUGUUGAACUGCAGGCAUCCUUUUCUAUUUAUUUGAACAUGAGAUGUAGUCUACAGCUUGGAGGUAUUUCAGUUGCAGAAGUACUCUA